AUGGAUACAGGACGACCAGCAAGCUCUGCACAAGCUUCGAUAUUGAAUGCGAUCAAGGCUACACAAGCAUAUCGGCCAACCGUUGAAUAUGGAGACGAGGGCGGCGUGGUCGACGAAGAAUCUCUCAUAUUACCUGGUCUAUGGCGGGACAUGAACGAGAUUGUACCAGGGCUUUGGCUGGGUGGUCUGCCCAGUGCGCUAAACGCUGCCAACCUCAAAGAAAAGGGUAUUGGGAGUGUGGUAUCGGUCCUUAGAGGAUCUGUUAAAAUCAAAGAGACCUUCAUUCGACAUCAAAUCGAAAUAGACGAUGUAGAGGACUCGGAUAUCCUAUCACAUCUUCUUCCAGCUGUCAAAUUCAUCGAGGCAGAACUCGGAAAAGGACGAGGCGUUUUAGUCCACUGUCAAGCCGGCGUUAGCCGCAGCAGCACCGUAGUCGCUGCGUACCUGAUGUACACACAAAAACUUUCCCCGGAGGAAGCUUUGGAAGUCGUUCGAAAAGCCAGACCAGUUAUCGAACCCAAUGCUGGAUUCCGUCGCCAACUUGACUUGUUCCACGAAGCGAAGCAUCAGGUGUCCCAGGACAAUCCGUAUGUAAGGAGGUUCUACAUGGAGAGAAACGCGAGUUCUAUCGCUGCUGCAGGCUCAAGCGCACCCAACUCUGGAAAGCCUGCGAUGCUUGGGGAGCUACCCGCCAAGCAAACAGCAUCACCAUCGACCCCGGCUACUGAAUCUACACCGGCGAAAAAGCUGAGCAGGCGGAUCCGGUGUAAGAAGUGUCGACAUGAAUUGGCAGCUCGCGAACACAUGCUUGAUCACGGCCAGAUUGGUCCUCCCACUCCACCACCAACACCAGCCCGUUCUCUGGACGAAGAUCCUACCCCAACGUCCGCUUUGGACGACCUGAAAGAAUUGGACAAGGCGCUGGACGCUUCCUCACCGUCCUCGCCUUCAUCCACUUCCUCCGCGGCACAGGCGGAGAAACGAGGUCAGGACGCCUCGAAUUCCAUCCAGGCCCUUGUGCAUACAGUCAAAAGGAACGGCAACUCCUCGCUACCUUCAACACUACCGAUCUCUAUUGCACCGGAUGGGAGCAGGUUUAUUGAUCUCUCGGGGAGGCCGGCGGCGGGUACGACUGCUACUCUGAGGCCGAAUGGAGGAUCCCAGUCCCAUCCUCCGGCUCCACCGCCUAUCCUCAUCAACCACAAGUGUUCCGGGUACUACGUCGAACCUAUGAAAUGGAUGGAAGACCCGUUCAAUGGCGAGACGGCUGGCAAGAUUACCUGUCCUAAUAAACGGUGUAAAGCAAAGUUGGGCAAUUUUGAUUGGGCGGGGAUUCUGUAUAAAUCGGUCAAAGGUGGAUGA